AUGGCCUUUGGAUUAACGAAUGCACCAGCUUUUAUGGAUUUAAUGAAUAGAGUCUUUAAGAAGUAUUUGGACAAGUUUGUGAUUGUUUUUAUAGAUGAUAUUCUGAUAUAUUCUAAGACAACUGAGGAGCAUGCAGAACACUUAAAAACAGCCUUAGAGAUACUAAGGAAGAAGAAGUUGUAUGCGAAGUUUUCUAAAUGUGAAUUCUGGUUAGAAGAAGUUCAAUUUCUAGGACACAUAGUGAGUCGUGAAGGAAUCAAGGUAGAUCCAGCAAAGAUUGAAGCUAUAAUGAAUUGGGAAAGACCAAAGACCCCCACAGAAAUCAGGAGAUUCUUAGGGUUAGCAGGUUACUACAGAAGGUUUGUACGGGAUUUCUCAAGAAUUGCAACCCCACUGACUAAGUUAACUAGAAAGAAUGAAAAGUUCAUAUGGAAUGAGAAGUGUGAGGAAAGUUUUCAGGAUUUAAAGAAAAGAUUAGUGUCAGCACCAGUAUUGUCCCUUCCAGAUGAUCAAGGAAAUUUUGUGAUUUAUAGUGAUGCCUCUUAUAAAGGAUUAGGAUGUGUAUUGAUGCAGCAUGAUAAAGUUAUUGCGUAUGCGUCUAGACAACUUAAACCUCAUGAACAGAAGUACCUUACUCAUGACCUGGAGUUAGCAGCUAUUGUAUUUGCACUAAAAAUAUGGAGACACUAUCUGUACGGAGAAAAGUGUGAGAUUUACACAGAUCAUAAAAGUUUGAAGUACAUCUUUACUCAGAAAGAGCUUAACAUGAGACAAAGAAGAUGGUUAGAGUUGAUUAAGGAUUAUGAUUGUACGAUUAAUUAUCAUCCAAGAAAAGCCAACGUAGUAGCGGAUGCUUUAAGUAGAAAGGAGAGGUUAAAUGUAUUGACUGUGCCAGAGGAAUUGUAUAAAGAGUUUCAAAAGUUGGAAAUCGAGGUAAGAAUUCGUGAACCAUCAGAGAUAGCAGUGUAUACCAUGACCUUCCAACCAGAGCUAUUAGAAAAGAUUAAGAAGUGCCAAGAAGAAGUAAUGAAUCAGGAUGUAAACAAAUUAGUAGGAGAAGAGUUAUGUACACAGAAAGAUGACCAGGGAUUACCGAAGACAAAAGCAAAUCAUGAUGCCAUCUGGGUUAUAGUGGAUAGAUUAGCCAAAUCAGCUCAUUUUCUUCCGAUUAAUGAGAGGUUUUCUUUGGAUAAACUGGUUCAUAUGUACUUGAAAGAGAUUGUAGUUCAUCAUGGAGUCCCCGUAUCCAUUGUAUCAGAUAGAGAUCCACGAUUUAAUUUGAGAUUCUGGAAAAGUUUUCAAGAAUGCUUGGGCACUAAAUUGAAUAUGAGUACGGCAUAUCAUCCACAGACAGACGGCCAAAGUGAGAGAACUAUUCAGACAAUCGAGGAUAUGUUACGUGUUUGUGCAAUCGAUUUCAAAGGCAAUUGGGACGAACAUCUACCUUUAGUGGAAUUUGCAUAUAAUAAUAGUUAUCACGCGAGUAUUGGAAUGCCUCCAUAUGAAGCCCUUUACGGACGCAAAUGUCGAUCACCAGUAUAUUGGGAUGAAGUCGGAGAACGCAAAAUACUUGGACCAGAACUAGUGCAGCAAACCAAGGAAGUCAUCGAAAUUAUUCAGAAGCGACUAAUUGCAGCGCAAAGUCGUCAACGGAACUACGCAGAUCAAUCCCGGAGAGACGUAGAAUUUGAAGACGGAGAAGCAGUACUGCUAAAGGUAUCACCAUGGAAAGGGCUAUCCAGAUUCGGAAAGAAAGGCAAGCUAAGUCCCCGAUAUGUCGGGCCAUUCGAAAUCUUGAGGCGUAUUGGCAAAGUAGCGUAUGAAUUGGCAUUACCCCCACAAAUGGAGCAUAUUCAUAACGUCUUUCAUGUAUCGAUGCUUAAAAAGUAUAAUCCAGAUUCGAAGCAUGUGAUAGAGUAUGAGCCGAUAGAACUGGAGGCAGAUUUAUCUUAUGUAGAAAAGCCAGUAGAAAUCCUAGAUAGAAAAGAGAAGGUGUUAAGGAACAAGUAUCUUGAAGAUACUCUUGAAUUGCAUUCUACUUCUGCUUCAAAGUUAAAUCAUGAUAUUGAUGACUCUGUUUUAUUGAAUUAUAUUGUUGAUCAUCUUGAAUUAUGA